UUUUUCGUUUGGUCUUAACUAAUACAAGAGUAACAUUUGGGAGAGUCUGCAUGUCAAGCUUAAGUGAAUGACAAAUGUUUCCAAAUCAAACAAUUUUUACCAAAGAUAUAUUAAUCGUGUGAAGUCUCCUGAAACUUUAUAAAACUAUUAUUAAUACUACAAAGAAUGAAUUGGACAUUUUUUGUAAUUUUAGGUAUAAUUUAUGUUAGUUAUGACAGUUAAAUUCUGCACAAAAACUACCACUUGUUGUUACUUCCACUACAAAAGACUGCUUUGUAGUCUUGAUGAUUUAUCUCAAUUCAGCAUAAUCAACAGCGCAGAAAAAAACUUGAUGAUGUAACAGACUGUCUCUUUUUUAGGACUUUAGAUAAGGAAGAAAAUAAUCUGACUCUGUGGUGUAAUGAGCACACUCAUACCCUAAAGAGAGCAGCCUGGAAAAUGGGAACGCAGCUGGAGAAAAACAAACUAGAGGUAUUUCGUAUUGCUUGGUGAGAAAGUACCCUACAUAAAAGCAUUAAAAACUGCUAGAUCUGAUUACUUUUCAUACAUUUCAGAAGAAAACAAACAGUGCCCCAGGUAUUUAUUUAAUACAGUGACUAAAUUAAUGAAAAUAAAGCAUCAGCAGGUGUUGACAUAUCCCAAGAGCACAGCAGUAAUGACUUGAUACUAUUAAAAUUAUAACCAUGCAGUCGUCAGCUACAGUAUCGCAUCAGAUAGUGAGUGCACUAUAGAUCCCCUGAGGAAAACUUCCACUCAUUCUCAAUUGUACAAACGUAUUAACAUCUAAACCAGUGGUUCCUAGCCAUGUUCCCCAACACUGCACAUCUUGUAUCUCUCCUUUGUCUAACACACUCAUUUCAGGUUUUGGAGUGUCUACUAAUGAGCUGAUUAUAUGAAUCAGGUGUGUUUGAUUUGGGAGACAUAGAAAUCAUGCAGUGUUGGGGGGCCUCCAGGAACAUGGUUGGAAACCACUGAUCUAAACCAACAACAUGUAUAUUAAACCAUAUUCCAUCUAAACUACUAAAAGAGCUGCUUCCAGAAUCCAGAAAUUGUUUCUAUUAUUAAUUUGUUAUUGUCAUUGGGAUAUGUUUUCAAAACUUUCAAAUUGGCUUUUAAUAAGCCUCUCGUUUAAAAAACACAACUUGACUCCAAAGAUUAGAGUUAUAAAUGACCUGCUUUUAUCAUCUGAUUAUAAUUGUAUCUCUUUAUUAGUGCUUCUGGAAAUGAGUGCUGCAUUCAACACUAUCAUGGACAACAUUUUUCUGAAUAGACUAGAAAACAUUGUUGGCAUUAGUGGAAGUGCCUUAGUAAGGUUCACAUUGAACUCAUCUGACCGGCAUCAGUUUGUAGCAGUGAAUGAAGAGGUAUCAUAUCGUUAAGUGCAGUAUGGAGUACCUCAAGGCUCACUACUAGGGACUCCUUUGGGAGAUAUCAUCAGGAGACAAUGGUGUUUGCUUUUACUGUUACGCUGAUGAUACUGUGCUCUAUAUUUCUUCUAUAUUUUCUUUCUUUUCUAUAUUUCACCGCAGCCUGGUGAAAUUCAGCAAAAUGAGAAAUUAACGGAAUGCAUAGUCAAUAUAAAAAACUGGAUGACAAGUCAUUUCUUACUGCUAAAUUUUAAAAGAUACUUAGGAGUCGUUUACAAGCAGAAAGCUGAAACCUUUUAAGAUCAAUUUUAGGAUGCUUCUGUGCAACAUGACACCCACAAUCUGAUUUUUCCACAAUCUGACUUUGGAGUUGAACCGCUGGUCAUCUGACCAGAGGAGAACUGGCCCUCGACUGAGCGUGGUUUCUCCCUGCUGCUGUCGCCUCUGGCUUGCUUAGUUGGGAACACUUAAUUUGCAGUGAUUAUCAUCAACUUGACAUCCCUGUUUCAUACUUUAAAGCAAUUUGAGACAAUCUGUAUUGUUAAAAGUCCUAUAUAAUUAAAGGUAAAAACAACUACAGCAAAAAAGGGCUGAAAAAAAACUGGGAGAACAUCUAGCAACUAAAAACGUUUGACAUCAGGUCAAAAGGGAUGUCAGAGAAGCAGAGUCUCUCAGAAGUAAACAUGUUAAAAUCUGUCAAAAAUUGUGUAAGAGUGUUUAAAAAGAUCAUAUAAAUAUCCAUCAAAAGAUUCAGAAAAAAUUGAGAUCAUCUCUAUGUGUAAGGCACAAGGCUGAAGACCUUUGCCCGUCCAAAGUGGAAAAGUGUUACAGUAUAUGGUCAGACAAGUUGAAAUUUGAUAUUCUUGUUGGAAAUCGCAGAUGCCGUGUCCUCACGCUGGAGAGAGAUCUUCCAGAGACCAUCUCUGAUGGUAUGGGGGUGCAUAAGUGCAUACAGUAUGUUUAGCUUGCAUGUUUUGGAGGGCACUGUGAAUGCUGAAAGGUAUAUAAGGGUUUUAGAGCAAGAUAUGCUCCCCUCCAGGUGACGACUAUUUUAGAUUUAAAAAACGUCCCAAAAUUUUCAGAAUUCGGAUCAUAACAAGUUUCAUAGCUUAAAAUAUCCUACUCGUCAUAAACAAAGCAUUUAUGUAAUCAAGCGCCAAAUAAUUUAAUUAAAAAUUACAUUUAUUAAAAAUUGAGCUUUUUAGCAUUACUAACUGGCUAAAUGAUACUGUUUUACUGACAUGGUUAGGGCACAAACAAGUCACUGUAUUAAUAAAUGCUGAACUAUUCAUGAAUUCUUGAGUUUGGUUCUUCAUCCGUUUUUAUUGUUUGUUUUUCUGUUCUGCGCAACAGCCUGAUUUUGGCCCAGUCUAGCCCCAUGGUGAGUCUGGCCGUAAUUUUUUUAUAGCAAGUCCUGGCAUCAGGUGUUGUGUAGCAAGAAUUCAAGCGCUGAAUGGAACGUGUCCAGCAGUGCCCAGGUUGAACUUGGGAGGGAAUGACUGUAAGGGUGAAUGAUAGAUACAUAAAGGAAGAUGAGAUCAGGGGCUCUGGAGACUAGGAAAGGGCUGGGCUGGGUGGAGCUUAGAUCAACUGACCAGCUUCAUCUAUAAAAGCCACAGUCUCACAUCCUGUUGUGACUCAGCUUUGAUCAAAACUACUGGAGACAAAAAGACCAGACGAAGACGAAGAUACAACUAGGCAUAUCCUUGAAUAAAAGGUUUAAACAGCAAUUAGAAGCAAAACCAUGAGUCACUCUACAUUUCGCACCUCUUAUCACCGCACUUUCGGGACGCCUGUCUAUAGCCCCGUGUCCAGUCGCAUCGGGGGCCGCUACAUCUCCUCCUCUGUUCCCACGCGCUCGGUAGACUUCAGGAGCCGCUCCAGUGCUCCGGCCCCCCGUCUCUCUUACGAUAAAGUGGACUUCUCAGUGGCAGAGGCCAUCAACCAGGAGUUCCUUACCACACGCAGCAAUGAGAAAAGAGAACUGCAGGAACUCAAUGACCGCUUUGCCAGCUUCAUAGAGAAGGUCCGGUAUUUAGAGCAGCAGAACUCAAAGCUGAUUGUGGAGCUGGAUCAGUACAAGGACCAGCAGCAGGGGCCAUCAGGCCGCAUCAAUGAGCUGUGCCAGCAGGAGAUGAGAGAGAUGCGCAGACAGCUGGAGCUGAUGGGCAAAGAUCGAGACCAGAUGCAGGUGGAUAGAGACAACCUGGCCGAAGAUGUGGCCCUGCUCAAACAGAGGUUAAAUGAGGAGAUGCAGAAAAGACAGGAAGCUGAGAAUAAUUUGACUCUGUUUCGUAAGGAUGUGGAUGAUGCUACACUCGCUCGACUGGAGCUGGAGAGAAAGAUUGAGUCUCUGAUGGAUGAGAUCGAGUUCCUCAAGAAGAUGCAUGAUGAGGAGAUUCAGGACGUGCAGGUGAGUGUUCAGAGUCAGCAGAUGAAGAUGGAGGUGAUGGAGACGUCCAGCCGGCCUGAUCUGACAGCGGCACUUCGAGACAUCCGGGCUCAGUAUGAGAGCAUCGCCACCAAAAACAUGCAGGAGUCCGAGGAGUGGUACAAGUCCAAGUUUGCUGACCUGACUGAUUCGGCGAAGCGCAACGCUGAGGCCGUGAGGCAGGCUAAACAAGAGACCAAUGACCUGAGGAGGCAAAUUCAAGCCCAGAACUGCGAUAUCGAUGCUCUCAAAAGCACUAACGAGGCUCUGCAGAGGCAGAUGAGAGAAAUGGAAGAGCAGUUUGCAGCAGAGGCCGGAAACUAUCAAGACACCGUGUCCCGUCUGGAAGAAGAGAUACGGCACCUGAAGGAGGAGAUGUCACGCCACCUGCGGGAGUACCAGGAUCUGCUCAACGUUAAGAUGGCCCUAGAUAUUGAGAUCGCCACCUACAGGAAACUUCUGGAGGGAGAGGAAAACCGAAUUGUGGUUCCUAUGAUGAAAAUGCCUUCAAUAAGCGGACACGGCGGCGAUUACGGUCAGUUUUCUGAUACUGGACCUGGAAAGAAAGUCGUAAUCAAGACUGUUGAGAUUCGUGAUGGAGAGGUGGUGAAAGAAUCCACAAAGGAGAAGGGCAGAGACGAGAAAAAAGACGGCCAAGGACAAGCUGACAAAGAUUAGAGAGUGCAGAUAAAUGAAUGCUGGAUGAGUUAUUGUGUGUUGCAGUUUUAAUGCGAGUGUAAUGGCACACAUGCCGUUUACGACGAUGCUUGUAGUGUAGUGAAUAAGCAAAUGUGACUCACUGUUGUGUACAAUAUGGUGCUAUUAAUAUAAUAUCAGCGUAACAUGACAACGCCUUAACUAACAAAUCAAGUAUGCAGGCCUAAAUAAAGUCAGUAACAAGAUGCCCAAGAAACGAUCACUUACAGACAACAAAAACAAUAAUUCAGAAGUUCAUGUCAAUGUAAUCUUCAAAUAAAAGUGAACGGAAAUGGAA